AUGUGUCUCAAAACGUUCGUGCAGGAUAACUUGAAUUACGACUUCAAGGAAGAGCAAUUGCUCAAAGAAGCACUUGUAACGAGUGGAGUUGUUUCUGGAGCAGAUUCGAUUAUCGAGCGGCAGGGCAACAGAAGACUUGCCCUGAUUGGAGAUGCAUUGAUACGUCUUGAGCUCGUCCAUACUAAGUAUUUAGAGGGCGCAAAACUUGCAACAUCUCAAAAAUGUGUGUCAAAGAAUGCAUCAAAUCAAAACCUUGGGACCAUCGGUCAGCAAAACGGUUUGGUGGAUCAAAUGGUUCUCCCAGCUAGCCAGCGCAAGCCGACCACAUACACGGUUGCGACAACAGUCGAAGCUCUGAUCGGAGCUAUCUGGUUAGAUUCGGAGCAGGAUUUCAACUUGAUUGGUCGAGUCAUUAGAGCAUUGCAUAUUGAAUCAGCAUAG